GUCGUGAAAUUAAACCGUCUUUGCAGCUCGAUAUAGCUUGGAAAAAAACGAAACAUGGCGGAAGACGGAUCCACAAAACCUGCUGCUGCUGACAUUGAUACAAGUCGUUUGGACUCCAAGAGGCAAACUCUUGAUGAUGCUUAUGCUGCUCCUGCUAAUUUCCUUGAAAUAGAUGUCUGUAAUCAUCAAACUCAUGGCAUCGGAAACAAAAGAUACACAGAUUACGAAGUCAGAAUGAAGACAAAUUUACCGGUCUUCAAGAACAAAGAAUCAACAGUACGGCGGAGAUACAGUGACUUCGAGUUUCUCAAACAAGAGUUAGAAAGAGAUAGUAAAAUUGUUGUACCUGCAUUACCUGGUAAAGCUCUGGGUCGACAGCUUCCAUUUCUGAAGAAAGGAGACGGUAUAUUUGAGGACGAGUUCAUUGAACAGAGGCAGACGGCUCUGGAGGAGUUUAUCAAUAAAAUUGCGGGGCAUCCGCUCGCCCAGAACGAGAAGAGCCUUCACAUGUUUCUCCAAGACAAGGCUCUGGACAAGAACUACGUGCCAGGCAAGGUGCGGAAUACGUAACCCCCGGGAAAAAUGACCAACCACAUGCACAUUGUACACACACAUACAGACAGACAGAACCAUACUCCACCUGUGCUUCAUGUAAGGAGACUUCUAUGCGACUCUGACAAGUAGACACGAGACCGCGACCACCUUCUAAGCAGGUGCUUAUCUCAUCGAACAGGCUCUCAAUUAACAUAAGAAAAAGGGGACCAUGGGGGACCAACGGGUACCGAUUAGGCAUUGUGGGCUGUAUGGAGGGCGCAAAUAGCUACAAGUAGUGCAGGCCUGCUUUUAAAAAAAAUUGAUUGUAUUGUGAAUAAUGCAACAUAAUUCCAAGUUCGAAUUAAAUAAUAUGCAGUUUUCCUAAAAGGAACAACAAUUGUACAUAUUCCAAGGUACAGGUAUAUGUGUAUUACUCUUCUGAGGUACCUUAUACUCAAUUUGUCAACCAAACCAAACACUACAAAAACUUUGGUCAAUUAGGCACAUUAAGACCUUAGAUUAUCGUUAGUGGGCAUAUGUACUCUGUGAGAUAUCCAAAAGGCCGCUGUCACAAGGUCUGCCAAAUUUAAGGAAUAUAUUUUUCCCAUGUAUAUUUUUGGAUGCAUGUAUUUACAUUUUCCCCAUUUAUCUGUUUGAUUGCAUAGAUGAAGGGAGGUUGUAAUUGUUGCUUAAACACUUUAGAAUUUUUUUUAAAAAAUGCACAUGGGAGAUGUGGGUACCGGUGGUUAUGGACAUACAUAUACAAAGUGUACUCGUUUGAUUAUAUGUUAAUGGAAUAUUUUUAAUACGAUAGAUGGGGGGUGUAGCAUGGCUAGAAGCAGAGCCAUCUAUACACAGAGUUUGGCCAACUUGGUUCACUGGGUCACAACAUGGCGUAUAUUCUUGUGUUUGCCCAACAAAGCAGUAGUUGCCAUAUUUGGCCCAACUCUGUGUGCAGAUGGCUCUGGCUAGAAGCAGAAUAACGUCUCUAAUUGUCAGAGAAGAUUACAUUACAAAACAGGAUAAUGGUGGUAGAGAAUUCUGUCUGCAAACUGUAUCGUGAUUCCCCCAAGUACAUGUACAAAUGUAUAUGCCUCAUAAGUUUCAUCUGCUAUUUCUUUUUCUUUUUAUACUCCUUCAUAUACCCCGUUUAAGAUUGUUUAAA